GUUUUUUUCAGUGAUCCAGGUGGCUGCUUCUACGUUUUGGCAACUGACUUGCAUCCGCCGAGCGAACAGCUCUUGGGAAGCCAUCACCUGGGAGAGGCGUUGGCAAUGGCUGGAGUGGCUCGCAGCAGGCUGGCGGAGGAGCGCAAGGCGUGGAGAAAGGACAAGCCGUUUGGAUUUCACGCGCGACCGGAGCUGAAUGAAGAGACGGGGGAGACCAACAUGAUGCGGUGGAAGUGCUACAUCCCCGGCAAGGAGGACACCAUCUGGCAGGGCGGCUUCUACCCGCUGACCAUGGAAUUCACAGAGGACUACCCCGCCAAGCCGCCAAAGUGCAAGCUGCCGGCCGGCUUUUUCCACCCCAACAUCUACCCUAGUGGCACCGUCUGCCUCUCCAUCCUUAAUGAGGACGAGGGCUGGCGGCCAUCCAUCACAGUGAAGCAGAUCCUGCUGGGCAUCCAGGAGCUGCUAGACAACCCCAACCCUUUGUCACCCGCGCAAUCAGAUGCGUUUGUGAUGUUCCAGCAGCGGCUAGAGGAGUAUAAAAAGCGGGUGAAGCAGGAGGCAGCCAAGUACCCGCCGCCAGUCUAAUUCGCUGAUGGGGCUUGUCAACAACACUUGGGCAUUGUCCCGCGGCCGACCUUGACAGCCACGGGCGCCUCGCACCGGGCGCCAGCCAGAUUGCCUGGUGCAAAAGUGAGCCAGCGUCUCGCCAGGCGCGGCCAAGUGCUGGCCGCGUCAGCCGCUGCUGGCGCCUUGGGGAGUACUCAUCACAGCAGCAGCCACAGCUGCAGCCUAGGCAGCUCAGGACUUAAUUUAACUGCAGGACAGAUUUAGACAACCUGACGCACCGAGGUCGACAUGGUCAACCAGCGCUGUAACCAAUUA